AUGGCAUUCCCACGCUUAAUUGACGCAACAUGCGACGAUAUUCGGCGUGCGUUGGAUGACGGUCUCUUUUCAAGCCUGGAUCUGGUUCGAGCGUAUUUGAAAAGAAUUGAGGAGGUUAACGAGACAGUGAGGGCGGUUACGGAAGUGAAUCCUGAUGCUUGUGAGAUUGCGGGCAUGUUGGAUGAGGAGAGGGCUAGGGGGAUUGUUCGUGGCCCCCUCCACGGAGUACCAAUCCUCCUCAAGAACAACAUCGCCACCGCCGACAACCUCAACACAACAGCCGGCUCAACGCUCCUCAAAGGCACCCGCGUCCCCCGCGACUCAACCACCGCGGCACGCCUCCGCGCCACCGGCGCCAUCAUCCUCGGCAAAACCAACCUCACCCAAUGGGCCAACUACCGCUCCCUCAACAGCCCCGACGGCUGGUCCGCCGACGGUGGACAAACCCUCGGCGCAUACCACGUCAAUCAAGACCCGUCUGGUUCGUCUAGCGGGAGCGGCGUGGCUGUCGAUCUGGGGCUCGCAGCCGCGGCGAUUGGCACCGAGACAGACGGCUCGAUCAUGGGGCCGGCAGCGAAGAACGGCAUCGUGGGUAUAAAGCCGACGGUUGGGCUGACGAGUCGGGAUCUGGUGAUUCCAAUUUCGGAGCAUCAGGACUCGGUUGGGCCGAUGGCGAGGUGUGUGAGGGAUGCGGCUUUGUUGCUUGGCGUUCUGGCGGGGAGGGAUGAGUUUGAUAUGUAUACUUGGGAGAUGGGGGGUGUGCCUGACUAUGUGGGUGCUUGUAGGGAUGGGUUGAGGGGUGCGAGGCUGGGUGUUCCGUUUCAUUUGUUGGAUCGGGAGGGUAUUGAAGUUGAGAUUGAGGAGUUUAAGAAGGCGUUGGGGAUGCUGGAAGAUUGCGGUGCUGUUGUUGUGGGUUGUGAGUUUGGGGCGAGUAAGAGGGAUAUUCGGGGGAAAGAGUUUCAGGUCUUUGCGGCGGAUUUUGUGCCCGGAUUGGAGAAAUAUCUGUCUCAGUUGGUGUAUAAUCCGAGUGGGAUACGGACUCUUCAGGACGUAAGGGAUCUGACGAGACAGUCUGAGCAGGAGGCUUACCCGGAGAUGAACACAGAUCGAUGGGAUGAGGCGCUUGCUCAGGGUUGGGAUAAUACAGAUGUCGAGUUUGGAAGAGUAUAUGGUGAGUUGAUGGACAUGGGGAACGCUUGUCUGCCGCGUGUGUUGGAAGAGUUGGAGCUGGAUGCUGUUGUUCUUCCUACGACGAUUGCGCCGGUGUGGGCGGCUGUGGUGGGAGCGCCGAUUAUUACGGUUCCGCUGGGCCAUUAUCCGGGUGAUGCGGUGGUGAGGAUGGAGAAUGGGCUGGUUGAUACGGGGCCGGGUGUGCCGUUUGGGUUGAGCUUUUUGGGGAGGAGAUGGGGGGAGGAGAGGUUGAUUGGGUUGGCGUAUGGGUUUGAGGAGAGGACGAGGGUGAGGGGGAGGAGCGUGGAGAGGGUUGUUGAGCCGAGGGGGGAGGUUGUCAGGGAGGGUUGA